UGCAUUGAACUGUGGGACGGUGUGCCAAGUCGAGGAAGCUUGCGUCCGCCAUGAUGCUUUUACAUUGAACUUUACAAAAGUUGACAUUGGAAAAUCGUGUGAAUCUCGAUAAGUUCGCAUCAAAAUGCUCUGGAAAAUACGCCAAAAAUACAAGAAUUAGGUCCAGUCAAUGGUCCAGGACAAGAAGGAAUCAUCCCGCUCGCAUUUUGGGUUUUAACCCAGGUUUUCUUUUAUGUGCAUUGGAGUCAUAAGCCGCAAUGAGCAAGUUGUCGUUUCGAGCCCGCGCAUUGGACUCGAACAAAUCCUUGCCGGUUUACCAUGCAAAGGACAUCCCAGACUUGGCAGAAUUCAGCUCUGUCAACAGAGUGGUACCUCAAAUGCCUACUGGCAUGGAAAAAGAGGAGGAAACGGAACACCAUUUGCAAAGGGCCAUAACUGCACAACAAAUUUAUGGAGAAGCUAAUAGGCGAAUCAUACCAACACCGGAAGCUGUUUUCAUUGAUGCCACUGUGAACCGAGUUCGGAAAAAGGAAUACCCAUUACCUAAACAACUGAUUCAUGUCCAAGCUUUCAAUCUUGAAGAUGAGUUACCUGAUUACGAUUUGGAUUCCGAAGAUGAAGCGUUUCUUGAACAUUUUAAUAAAGGCAGAUCAAAGGUUUUGGUUGCACUUGAUUUGGAAAAAAUGAUUGAUAAACUAGAGAAAGGAUGUGGUUCAUAUGCGGAGCUCUUAUCAUUUAAUGAAGCCAAGCUGCUGUUGAAACAUGAGGAUACUGAUUUGAUGGAGAGGGUCCAUGAAUAUUGGUGUAAAAAGAAGAAAAACACUGAGACACCCUUACUAACUCCUCAGGUGAAGACAGAGAAGAAAGAUGGAAGCACUGCACAUGACCCUUAUGUUGCUUUUAGACGACGUGUUGAGAAAAUGCAGACGCGGAAGAAUCGCAAAAACGAUGAAGCCUCAUACGAGAGGAUGCUAAAACUAAGACGAGACUUGCAUCGUGCCUGCAAAAUUCUCGAGUUAGUGAAACAAAGAGAGAAGAUGAAGAAAAGCAUACUGAAGUCUGUUGUCAAUGUAUUUGAGCACAGGUAUAAGAACGAAGACUUCACAGGGGAAUUGCUGAAGCAAUGUUAUCAUAUACUACGAGAUCGACAAGCGUACAUGGACCGACAAGUUGCAGAAAGAAGGCAAAUCGAGGAUCGGCUGCAAGGCCGUCAUCCGGAUGAUGCUCUACGCCCUGGCGAAACCAGUGAAGAACUGAGGAAAAGAGUGAGGGCACAGAAAAGGCUGCCUGGCCAGCUUGGUGAGUUGCCAUUCGAACCAGACGGCAUACAAUCACCUGAACUGCCCACCGAACCUGAUGACGACCCCCUGGGCUUGGAUGGUAAAUUCACUUUUAAAAGAAAACGUGGUGUCCUUUACCGCGCGCCACGCUAUGAUUCUGUUGGGAACUGGCCAUGGGUCCAUCCAGUCGAAGGUGGCUCAGGCGAUGUUCGUUACCGCUAUUGUUGCACUUCGAUUCGAAAGCCUCGACGGUGUAUCGGCUUUGCAAGAAGAAGGACUGGUCGCGGCGGAAGGGUGAUCUUCGACAGGGCGUGGACGCCUUUCGACGACUGUUCUUCGCUGAAUUCCAAAAAGGAACCAUCGAAAUCGACUCCUCCCAAUGGCAUGAUACCAGCUACGCAGGAUCUUCGUGUCCCCCCUUGGCCGCAUUUCAAGCCGUUUUCAGAUUUCUUGGACGACAAUGAUUCAAGCCCCAAUACCCCCGUGAAGAAAUUAAUAAACGCUCGAUUUCGCAAUGAUCCUUCAGAUACCUCCACUUUGCAAUCUAGCCCCAAGCUUUAUCGUUCUUUUUCCACUCAACCAACUUCGAAGUUUAGAGUGAACCCUUAUCCAACUAACGGAGUUUGCAUAAACAGUCAAACAUUUCUUUCUUCGCUAACCUCAAGCCUUACGAAAGUUCCUGAACCCCAUUCGCGAAAGCUAGGCUCGAACAGUGAUGCAACGAGUGCUGCCUGGCCAAACAAUCAUGUUGGUACAGUCUCAUUAUCGCAAAAUCAAUCAAUACAACGGACUCAGAAUAUAUCUAACGGGCAGGUUGUAAGUAGCUCGCAAAAACUCUCUUCUGGUGACCAGUAUCCCCAUUUACAUGGCAAUAACAGCUCAGUGUCAUUCCAUGGACAAACACAAACCAAUGGCCACGUAACUGGAUACAGCAACAACACAGGCCAUCCUAUGUCGUUUAUUCAUUCGAACACGCCAGCCAAUAAUCGUCUACCACCAACUGGGCCUUCAUCGGCUGUCUUCCAAUUGAACUUUCCAUUGCUUAAAACGAAAUCACAGAAUACGCCCCCAAAGGGUCACUUGAGCAGGAGGCUUGCGAACAGCGGCGAGAACGGCAAAGAUCACAGGAACAGCCAUAAGCGAAGCAGCCAGAUAAACAGCAUCGUCUCGACCGUGUCCAGUACUCAGUACCGCCAGUCGGUAUCGACGCUCUCAGGGACAAACUCAGCAAUUAACAUCGCCAGGGCCCAAGAGACACUGCCAGCUUUCAACACGUUUCGAAGACCUUCGACCGAACUGCCAAGCGCGGCUCCUGCUGCCGAAGUGAAAUGAGCAUGCCUCACUCGCCCUUCGCACUUUCACGCCUUUGAAUGUUUUAAUAAAUCUGGUACCAAUUGUACAUAGUUGUAAAUCAAUGCUAGGUAGGAUAUCUAUGUAUUGUUGUAAGUAUCAUCUGAGUGCAUUUCGCGACUUGCAUGGGGUUCUUCACGCUGUCCCCUGCUUUAUGCUAGCAGUUACCUAGUCCUUUCUCGAGCAGUGCGUGGCAACGUAAUUAUGCGCACUGCGGGGCAUAAAAGCUAUCUUUCUUAUUUUCUGAAUUAUUCUCUUUUUUCGUACAACUUCCAUCUUUGAAAUUCAACGUCCUUCCGUGUUUUUAUAGGAUAUAUUCUUAUAUUUUGAAAUUUGUUUUAUCGUUUACCUAAAUGAAAUCAUGUUUAUCAUAGUUUAAGACUGGGGUUGUGCUUAAACUAGCUUAAACAAAACGCUUUGCUUAUUCGAAAAAUUAUUUUUGCUUGGAGUGUACUUGUUUCUAUGAAACUAAUCCACAACCAACCAUUUUAUUUUUUAUGAAAUUUUUUCUUUCAUCUAGGAUGGAUAUAAACUCCUUUUAAGUAUUAUUACAUCUAAAGUUUGGUCAUUUUUUGUUCCCGAUCCUAUCUCUUUAUGACCAGCUCUUCAAUUGGCAAGCAACAUUUUGCUUAUUCUCAAAUAACACAACCUUACCAGCAAAACAUUAUUCGUAAUUUGUAGAUCACACUGCUGUUUGCAUUUGUAUCUGUCCACGCUUAUCUUCAAUUCACGGUCAACUCUACAAUGUUGAAAUUGCACAAGUUUUUACCAAAGUCACAUGUUUGUAAAAUGUUCGUAACUUAACAUUUUAUCUUCAGCUUAGUAACUUAAAGUCCUUAUUCAGCUUAGUAACGUAACUGUUUUAUUUCCCACUUUGUCCUCUAAAAACUUACAUUUUACUGCCAUAGGCCUAAAAACUUACAUUUUACUGACAUGUGCCAUAAAAAGUGUCCCUGCAGUCUUUUUAUUUCUUAUGCUGUCAAGGUGUCUAGUCUAGUCUAUAUUUUUUAGCUAGUUUGUUAGUUGUGGAAUUUAACUUUUAUGGCUACUUGCAUUCUAAAAAGCAACUCCAAAUAAUUUUCUUUUAAAAAACGCUUUUCUUAGAACAUCAGACUUCGUGGUUUUAGCUUAAACACUUUGUCGCGGGCUUUUAUUUCAAAAUUUCUUUUCUAUGUGCUUGAAACGAUCGUAAUUGUUUCUGUUACCCGUGAAACCUUUUUUUAACUUGAGGCCUACGAGCUUUAUGGGGGUAUAGUUGUUUUAUACGGGGAAAUUUCUAGGGUAGACAGAACUGUUAGGGGUUUUAACGACGUUUCAAAGUAGUGUUUGAAAAUUACUGCCUGUGUUGUAAUGUUUUCAGUUUUGUGCAGUUUGGUCUUGCAAGUCAGUUGAAAAUGCACUCAUUUGAUUGUUCUUUUGAAUACCCUCAUUCGUAUUGAAUGAUUUAGAGUUUGUCAAAUGCACUUUUACUAGUCAAAUAUAACCCAAUGUCUUCGUCUCAUUUCCAUACGUCUCAAUUUGAACAUAUCGAUAAGAAAUGUGGCUGGAAGAUAUCGCCGUGUCUGUCUUUCUUGUUAAAGUACUGGCCUGCCCGCGUUUGUGUUUCUAAUUAUUUAUGGUACUACCUUUUCCAAAGAGGUUUUGACACUAUCAGAUAAUAAUGGGGAAUACCCAGCAAAUAAUGUACCAAAUAUUGGUCCAAGCAUUG